GCUCCUAGUAGCCAGACCAGUAGUCCCGCGACCCUGUCGAGAGAAACAGACAGAGCAACAUGGCGCCUGCAUUGUCAUUCCCGAUCAUCGACAUGGGGCUGCUCGCCGGGGAGGAGAGGCCGGCGGCGAUGGAGCUGCUGCAAGAUGCGUGCGAGAACUGGGGCUUCUUCGAGGUAGAUGCUCAGCAUGGAUGGAGAACUGAUCCAACUCCAGGAACUGAAACAAAAUAAUUAAGCUGCACAAAUAUACACUCUAUCUGUUUUUAUCGUUGAUGAUGGUGCUCUAUCUGUUUUCUUUAAUCCUAUUAUUCCCUCCUGCCCUGCAGAUUCUGAACCACGGCAUCUCGACGGAGCUGAUGGACGAGGUAGAGAAGCUGACCAAGGAGCACUACAAGCGGGUGCGCGAGCAGAGGUUCCUCGAGUUCGCCAGCAAGACGCUCGGGGACGGCCGCGACAUUGCGCAGGGCGUGAAGGCGGAGAACCUGGACUGGGAGAGCACCUUCUUCGUCCGCCACCUCCCGGAGCCCAACAUCGCCGAGAUACCGGACCUGGACGACGAGUACCGGCGCGUCAUGAAGCGGUUCGCCGGCGAGCUGGAGGCGCUGGCGGAGCGGCUGCUGGACCUGCUGUGCGAGAACCUCGGCCUCGACAGGGGCUACCUGGCGCGCGCGUUCCGCGGGCCCAGCAAGGGCGCCCCGACGUUCGGCACCAAGGUCAGCAGCUACCCGCCGUGCCCGCGCCCGGACCUCGUCAGCGGCCUGCGCGCGCACACCGACGCCGGCGGCAUCAUCCUGCUGUUCCAGGACGACCGGGUGGGCGGCCUCCAGCUGCUCAAGGACGGCGAGUGGGUUGACGUGCCGCCCAUGCGCCACGCCGUCGUCGUCAACCUGGGCGACCAGCUGGAGGUGAUCACCAACGGCAGGUACAAGAGCGUCAUGCACCGGGUGGUGGCGCAGCCCAGCGGGAACAGGAUGUCCAUCGCGUCCUUCUACAACCCGGGCAGCGACGCGGUCAUCUUCCCGGCGCCGGCGCUGGUCAAGGCCGAGGAGGCGGCAGCGGGGGCGUACCCCAGCUUCGUCUUCGAGGACUACAUGAAGCUGUACGUGCGGCACAAGUUCGAGGCCAAGGAGCCACGGUUCGAGGCCUUCAAGUCCAUGGAGACGGACAGCUCCAAUCGCAUAGCCAUCGCGUGAAACACCGGACCUGCGCCGAGCUCUGGCUUACUGUUCGAGAUGUACGUGCGGCGUACUGUACUCACUACCGGAAUCCGAGACUUUGCCGAGUGUUGGCUUCUUUGCCGAGUGCCUUUUGUCGGGCACUCGGCAAAGAAAGCUUUGCCGAGUGCCGUACUCGGUAACGUUAGGCACUCGGCAAAACGUGCUUUGCCGAGGGCUGAACACUCGGCACAGAACGGCACUCGGCAAAGACAACUUUGCCGAGAGUCAAACACUCGGCAAAGGAGGCUCUCGGCGAGCGGCCGUCCCAAAGCUGACGGCCGUUAGUCUUUGCCGAGUGUCAUCCGUUGGCUCUCGGCAAAGAGGUUCUGUACCGAGUGCCACAUAGUAGGCACUCGGCAAAGCAUACUUUGCCGAGUGUCAUCUCUGGACACUCGGCAAAGUAUAUUUUUAUUUUUUUAUUUUGUCUCUCGAAAUUUUUGUGGUAUGUUUCUACACUAUGUAGACCUACAUGUACCAUUUUGGGAUAAUUAUAACAGUUUUUUCUAUAGCU